AUUUUCGGCGCAGGCUAUUUCCAGGUUCAGUGUAUAACAGCAGCCAAGGUUAUAUUUGGAAUAGACUAUUCCUCGGGUAGAGUGUAUUAAAGUGUUUUCAGGUUAUUACAAACGUAAUAGUGUAUAAAAGGACAUUCGUGUAGGGUAUUGCAAGGAAAAUACUCUGUCGCUCCUGUUAUUCCCGAAACUCUAGGAUUAAAAGUCGUACAUUUGCCGAACUUUUUUCCGCAGAACAUUUUUCUUCCUCUUUUCGUAAAUUUCCUUCCACUUUUGACGCCAGCCAUGUGAGGGAGGCUCGCUGCUGCAGCUGCGAGGAAGCAAAGGAAACACCGAAGACUUUCAAAAUCGAUCCUCCCCAGCAAAGUGACUCACAUUCUGCAUGGGACAGCCGAGGAGCGCCUGUGCGUAGCGCUGGAGGUCCGGCUCGGCUCGGAGCUUGUUUGUGUCGCCUCUCCAUCCGCAAGGCUUUACGCACCCGGAGCGACGGGCGCGUCCGAAUGGGAUAACGCAUCGCAUUUUUUGAGUGGUUUGCCUUUUUUUUUUAUCCGGACACAGACGAAGCAAGAGACUCCAGCGAUAAACACGCAGAGAAGAGGCAGGUUUUCUUGACCGGGAGGUUUACAGCCGAGGUCUUCAUUUGUCGAGGAAAUUGAAUCACUUUGGACGCACUGUGGCGCACAAAUGGUGUUUCUGUGGGACGCAAAAUACGACCCAGCCCCUGGCCGGCGUUUCACUCCCCCCUCCACCACGCUCUCGUCAGGGGGGAAGAUGGCCGAGGCCCUGCCCCUCGGCGCCCAGGAGGCUGGAAGUGGCGCCGCCCUGAUGGGCAAACUGCGCAUGGCCGACCGCAGCAUGGUGGAGGUGAUCUCGGAUCAUCCGGGAGAGCUGGUGAGGACGGACAGCCCCAACUUCCUGUGCUCUGUGCUGCCGACACACUGGAGGUGCAACAAGACCCUGCCCAUCGCUUUCAAGGUGGUUGCCCUGGGCGACAUCCCCGACGGCACCUUGGUGACGGUGAUGGCGGGCAACGACGAGAACUACUCGGCCGAGCUUCGCAACGCCACGGCCGCCAUCAAGAACCAGGUGGCGCGAUUCAACGACCUGCGUUUCGUCGGCCGCAGCGGCAGAGGAAAAAGUUUCACUCUGACCAUCACGGUGUUCACCAACCCGCCUCAGGUGGCGACUUACCAGAGAGCCAUUAAAAUUACAGUGGACGGUCCCAGAGAGCCACGCCGUCAUCGCCAGAAGCUGGACGAGGGGAAACCGGGCUCGCUGGCGUUCUCCGAGAGGCUGACGGAGCUGGAGCAGCUGAGGCGAGGCUCCAUGAGGGUGACGCCGCCGCACCACCACCACCACCACCACCAGCCCUCCGCCAACAGCCGCCAGGCCGCCGCGCUAAACUCCGCCCCUUUCUCCAGCUCGGCGCACUCUCAGAUAACCGCCGACUCCAGGCAGAUGCAGUCGUCUCCAUCGUGGUCCUACGACCAAUCGUAUCCCUACCUUGGCCAGAUAACCACGCCCACAGUCCACACGACCAAUCCCCUCUCUCCCUGCCGAUCCUCGCUCAGCGACCUGUCCUCGCGACUCACAGGUCCCGACCUCGCGGCCUUCGGUGACCCCAGGAUGAGCUUGGAGCGACCUUUCACCUCUCUGCCCUCCCUGCCGGACUCCCGCUUCUCCGACCCGCGGGUCCACUACCCCCCCACGGCGGCCGCCUUCACCUACACCCCCUCCCACAACCCCGUCUCCAACGGCGCCCUCGGCAUCACCAUGGCGACGGCCAUGGCGACCACCCCGGCCGGGAGGUACCACACCUACCUGCCUCCCCCCUACCCGGCCAACACCCCCCACCAGGCUCAGAGCGGGCCCUUCCAGUCCACCUCCUCCCCCUAUCACCUGUAUUACUCCACCGCCGCCGGCUCCUACCAGUUCUCCAUGAUGGCGGGGGGAGGCGGAGGCGGCGGCGGCGGCGGCGACUCGCGCUCCCCGCCCCGGAUCCUGCCGCCUUGCACCAACGCCUCCACAGGCUCCUCCCUCCUGCACCCCUCGCUGCCCAAUCAGAGCGAAGGGGUGGGCGUGGAGGUGGAGUCGAGCCACAGUAGCUCUCCGACCAACAUGGCCGCCGCCGAAGCCGUGUGGAGGCCGUACUGAAGCCGGCCCCCGGCGGCGGAGGAACGGCGCGAGCGUGGCGGCGCGACGGGCGCGCUCGUUUAAGACUGCCCCAGUGCCCUCCAGGUCACAGACAGGCAAGACCGGACUGUGCUCUCAUGACUCCAUUUUUGAAAACAAACCAACCCCACGAUGAUAUCGGUGACCCAAACCUGAAAAAAUGUCCUGAAAGAUGCACAACAACACACAUUUAUUUAGGAUUCAUUAUCAAGGCCAGGGGUGGAGAGAGUACUACAAACAGCUGCUCCAGGAGAAGUACUGUUCCUCUGCUGGUAUGUGACUGCAGUA